AUGCUGAGUCUGGGUUGCGAAUUCAACGAUUGUGUGUGGCCUCUGACAGAGCCUGUUAUGAUGCCACUAGAAGAAAUGCUCCCCAAGCGAAAGUUAAACAGCCGACAGCCUCGCCUCCAAAUGGGAAAACUGGACGUCGCCCGAGGCAUACUUUCGAUGCCAGUCGACGUCAAGCUGCUGAUCUUCGACGCCAUCGAAAACCUCCGGGACGCUACGGCGCUCUGUCUGACGAACUCCGACCUCCUGCAGGUGGGACAGAGGCGGGUCGAGCGGCUCAGUUUGCAGAAAUGGUCCACAUGGUCUGGAGACCGCAUCAUAGGCUUGCCUGGGCAACACGACCGGCACUUCUGGGCUAACCCCCGCCCCAGCUGUCUUGAGGCCGACAGUGACCUGGCGGCAGAGGUUGAGGCCUGCGGUGGGUUUGCGUCGUACCUCGAACAGUACAAGCCCCUGCAGCGCAUCCGCUGCCCGCCGUCCAUCCGCGAGGUCACGCACGACAGCAAGCAGUUUGACUGGCCGCGGUUCGGCGGCGUCAGCGUCAGCCACUACCCGCUCGACGUCCCCUGGGUCAUAUGCAACCUGUCAAAGCGCGAAUACGUCCGCAUGCCGCUGAUUAACCUGGAAGAGGGUACAGUUGGCCCGAAGCGCGAGUCAGACAGCCUGUGGUGCAAGCGGUCCUCCCUGACCCUGUCUGUGGGAAGGUCGGUGCCCGACAGAAUCUGCUGCGGUAGCGAUUUGGAAGGCUCAUGGGCGGGCGAUCGCAUGGCGAUAUCCACUCUUAACACUGCAAGUGGCAAGUACGAGGAUUGGGCUGAGUGGAAGGACGUUACAGGUCGACAGGAUCCCAUGAAUACGAAUGCCACUAGACCAUGGAGCUCUCAAGUGGCCGUGCGGCUGCUCUAGAUGUCA